CUGGACAAGCUCUCGGAGGUCGCCAAGGUGAACACGGACGCCAUCCGCUUGGCUCAGGAGGAGAUCUCCGAGUAUCGCCGCCAGCUCCAGUCCAAGACCACCGAGCUCGAAGCCCUCAAAGGGACACAGGAGUCACUGGAGAGGCAGAGACAGGACUCGGAGGAGCGCCAUCAUGCAGAUGUCCUGUCCUACCAGGAAACCAUCCAGCAGCUUGACAACGAGCUGAGGAACACCAAGUGGGAGAUGGCAGCUCAGCUCCGGGAGUACCAGGAUCUGCUCAACGUCAAAAUGGCUCUGGACAUUGAAAUUGCUGCCUAUAGAAAGCUCCUGGAAGGAGAGGAAUAUCGGAUCGAGUCUGGCUAUGGGAUGCUCUCCUUCCCCGAGGUGGGCCCCAAGGCUCCCAGUAUCACUGCCAACAUCAAAGUGAAGAGCGAGGAGAUGAUCAAGGUGGUGGAGAAGUCUGAGAAGGAGACAGUGAUUGUGGAGGAGCAGACAGAGGAAAUCCAAGUGACUGAGGAGGUCACAGAGGAGGAGGAGACUGAGAAAGAGGCUGAAGAGGAGAAAGCUGAAGAGGAGGAGGAAGAAAUAGAGGAAAAAGCUGAAGCAGAAGGUGAGGAGGAGUCCAAGUCUCCUGCAAAAGAGGAGGCCAAGUCCCCAGAAAAACCUGAGUCCCCCUCAAAGGAGGGGGCCAAGACCCCAGCUGUCAAGUCUCCUGAAAAGCCACCAACCCCAUCAAAGGAGGAGGCCAAGACCCCAGUUGUGAAGUCCCCAGAGAAACCUGCACCCCCCUCAAAAGAGGAGGCCAAGAGCCCGGCUGUCAAAUCCCCAGAAAAACCUGCAACUCCUUCAAAAGAGGAGGCCAAGAGCCCGGCUGUCAAAUCCCCAGAAAAACCUGCAACUCCCUCAAAAGAGGAGGCCAAGAGCCCGGCUGUCAAAUCCCCAGAAAAACCUGCAACUCCCUCAAAGGAGGAGGCCAAGAGUCCAGCUGUCAAGUCUCCAGAGAAACCCCCGACCCCCUCAAAGGAGGAGGCCAAGAGUCCAGCUGUCAAAUCCCCUGAAAAGCCCCCAACUCCCACAAAGGAAGAGGCUAAGACCCUUACAGUGAAGUCCCCAGAGAAACCUGCAGCCCCCUCAAAGGAGGAGGCCAAAACCCCAGCUGUCAAAUCCCCGGAAAAACCCUCAACCCCCUUGAAAGAAGAGGCCAAGACCCCAGCUGUGAAGUCCCCUGAGAAACCUGCAGCUCCCCCAAAAGAGGAAGCCAAAACCCCAGCUGUCAAAUCUCCAGAGAAACCCUCAACCCCCUCCAAAGAAGAGGCCAAGACCCCAGCUGUGAAGUCCCCAGAGAAGCCCCCAACCCCCUCAAAGGAGGAGGCCAAGGCUUCAGCAGUGAAAUCCCCCGAGAAAGUGAAAUCUCCUGUGAAGGAGGAGGCAAAGUCUCCGCAGAAGGAAGUGGCCCCAGCCAAGGAGCCCACCCCCUCCCCUCCAAAGGAGCCAAAAGCCCCCGUGAAGGAAGAGCAGCCCAAGGAGGUAAAGGCUCCCUCCAAGCCUGGAGCCGAGGAGGGCAGGAAAGAGGAAGCUUCCAAGAACGAUGUCCCAGUCAAGGUGGAGGAGAAGCCCAAAGAGAAGACGGCGGCUGUGCCAGAGCCUCCAGCUCCACAGGUGAAAGAGACCACCAAGCCAGGCCCUAAACCUGCAGGAGAAGGAAAGGCUGAGAAGGAGGUGCCACCAAAACCUCAGCAGGAGGUCAGCAAAACAGCUGUGAAGGAGCCUGAGAAGCCAAAGGCUGAGGAGAAGGCGGAGAAGCCAAAGGCUGAGGAGAAGGCAGAAGAGCCCAAAGCAAAACCCAAAGAUGAGCCCAAAGCCAGUAAAGAGCCCCCCAAGGCCGAGGCCCCCUCUGGCAAGGAGGGCAAAGCCCCAGAACCCGUGCCUGCUGCCGGGAAGAAGUGA